ACUUGGAAAGAGACUUUCUUUCUGGAACACAUGCUGUUGGAUCUUCCAGUAGCCAGCUAGAGAGAAGUGUCCACCCAGAGCUCCUGAAAGUUCUCUAUCAGUUUCUAGAAGGGGGAGUCUUCAAGACGGGUGCGCCUACAUUUUUUGAUUUUAUUCUGUUAAGAUUGACCAGAUUCAUUAAUGUGCUGCUGCUGACCCAUAACUUCUAAAAAUGAAGAUAAGGCUGUCAUUGGCCGUGUCGGCUUUCGUUGCAGUGUUAUUCGCCUCCGUUGAAGCGCAAGUGGAGCCCCCCUCAGACUUGAAAUUUACAAUUCUAAAUGAGAACACAGUGCAAAUGUCAUGGAGAAAGCCAUCGCAUAGGAUACAGGGCUACAAAAUACAAGUUGUAUCGGAUACAGAUGAACCAGCCAAAGAGUUUAACCUCCCAGCCACUGCUACAAAGACGUCUAUUACAGACCUAACUCCUGAUCUGGACUACUCAGUGUCCAUCAACUCCUAUGAUGACACAGAGGAGAGUAUACCCAUCUUUGGCCAGCUCACUAUUCAGUCCAGUAACACAAGUGAAACAGAAAGGAGGCCGCAGACUUCAGAUGCAAUCAAAUGUUCAGUCAAUGCCAUAGCAGACCUGGUAUUCCUGGUGGAUGGCUCCUGGAGCGUUGGCAGGGAAAACUUCAAGCACAUCCGCAGCUUCAUCAGUGCUAUGGCUGGGGCCUUUGACAUCGGAGAGGAUAAGACCAGGGUGGCUGUGGUCCAGUACAGCACAGACACCCGCACUGAGUUCCUCCUCAACCACCACUCCAAACGAGGAGAGCUGCUCAGAGCCAUCAACACCCUGCCCUACAAGGGAGGAAACACCAUGACAGGGGACGCCUUGGACUACCUGCUGAAAAACAUCUUUACGGAGGCGGCCGGCGCCAGGAAAGGCUUUCCGAAGAUAGCCAUGAUCAUCACAGAUGGAAAAUCCCAGGACCCAGUGGAGGAGUACGCUAAACGACUCAGGAACAUUGGAGUGGAAGUAUUUGCUUUAGGCAUCAAAGGAGCAGAUGAGGAUGAACUGAAGGAAAUGGCCUCAACUCCCCACAGCACACAUGUCUACAACGUACCUAACUUUGAUAUGAUCAAGGCAGUGCAGCAGAAGCUCAUCAUUCAGGUGUGCUCCGGUGUGGAAGACCAGCUCAACUCUCUAGUGAGCGGAGAUGAUGUUGUGGAACCGGCCUCUAACCUCCAGGUGCUUGAGAUCUCCUCAAAGUCCAUGAGAGUGACGUGGGACGCCUCUCUAGGGGAGAUCACGGGCUACAAGCUGACCCUGAUGCCCAUGAUGGCUGGGAUGAAGCGCCAGGUUGUAUACGUGGGGCCCACCCAGACCACUGUCAACAUCCGGGACCUGUCUCCAGAGACCGAGUACGAGAUCAGCCUGUUCGCCCUGAAUGGCCUGACACCCAGCGACGCUGUCCUGGCCAUGGAGAAGACUCAGCCCGUCAAGGUGUCAUUGGAAUGCUCUCUUGGAGUGGACGUACAGGCUGACGUGGUCCUGCUGGUUGAUGGCUCCUACAGUAUCGGAUUACAAAACUUUGCCAAGGUCAGAGCUUUCCUGGAGGUCCUGGUCAACUCCUUCGACGUCGGGCUCGACAAGAUCCGGCUCAGCUUAGUCCAGUACAGCAGAGACCCCCACACAGAGUUCGCCCUGAACACUUAUAAUGACAUUGCUUCAGUGGUCAAGGCUGUCCGGACGUUCCCCUACCGAGGAGGCUCCACCAACACGGGCAAGGCCAUGAACUACGUCAGAGAGAAGAUCUUUAUCCCCACCCGAGGAUCUCGCAACAGUGUCCCGCGUGUCAUGGUCCUCAUCACUGACGGGAAGUCCUCUGACUCCUUCAAGGACGCUGCAACCAACCUGAGGAAUAUAGAUGUGGAGAUCUUUGCUGUGGGUGUGAAGGACGCUGUGAGGUCCGAGUUGGAAGCCAUUGCUAACACCCCGGCGGCCACCCAUGUGUACACUGUGGAGGACUUUGAUGCUUUCCAGAGGAUCUCCAAGGAGCUCACCCAGUCCAUCUGCCUGAGGAUUGAACAGGAGCUCCUCAACAUCAAGAAGAAGAGUCUGAUUGCACCCAGGGACCUGGAGUUCUCUGAGGUGACGUCUAGAAGCUUCCGUGCCACCUGGGCCACCGAUGCCACCAACGUCAUGUCCUACCUGGUGCGUUUCCGUAAGGCCGAGGACAUCACUGAGGAUUACAUCUCCCUGGCUGUGCCAGCCGACACCACCAGCACAAUCUUGCCACACCUCACUCCCCUCACCACCUACGAGGUCAACGUGUUCGCCCAGUACGACAAAGGAGACAGUUUCCCUCUGUCGGGGGAGGAGACCACUCUGGAAGAGCAAGGGACUGUGCGGGGACUGAGUGUGUCUGAAGAGACCACGGACAGUUUCCGGGUGACAUGGCUGGCGGCGCCAGGGCCCGUGGUGAGGUACCGGUUGUCCUAUGUCCCCUUGACGGGGGGAGGAGAGAGGCUGGAGGCCCAGACCAACGGACCUGACACCACCAUCGUGCUCCAGGAGCUGUUCCCUAUCACCACCUACCGCGUGUCUGUGUCUGCAGAGUACACCUCCGGCCUGGGAGACGAGAUGCAGGUGGACGGAACCACCAAGGAAGUCCGUGGUUCUCCCCGUGAUCUCCGCGUCUUCAACGAGACCGUGUCCAGCAUGAUGGUGUCAUGGCGGGCCGCUCCCGGGAACGUCCUCCAGUACCGCGUGGCCUUCAAACCAGCCGAUGGCACCGGGGAGAGGAAGGAAAUUGCCGUGAAGGGAGACACCACCGUGGCCCUGCUGAAGAACCUCCAGCCUGCUACUGAAUAUGAGCUGUUUGUCAGUGCCCGCUACACCUCUGGGCUGGGAGACCCCCUCCUGGGUACAGGCACCACCCUGGAAGUCCUUGGCUCCCCUAAAGACCUGGUCACCAAAGACGUCACAGACAACAGCUUCGCUGUCUCUUGGACGGCGGCGCCCGGUAACGUGCGCUCAUACCGGUUGAAGUGGAAGUCGCUGUACACGGAGGAGACAGGGGAGAAGUCCGUCCCCGGGGACGUAACGACCACUGUGCUUGAGGGGCUCACUCCGGAGACGCGCUACCAGGUCUCUGUGUACGCAGCCUACGGCAGGGGAGAGGGAGAGCCGCUCGUGGGUGCUGAGACCACAGAUAUGUCUGCAGCCGGAAAAGUUGUGGUGGUUUCCGAGGAGACGGAGAAAAGCAUGAAGGUGACUUGGCAGCCUGCACCCGGAAACGUUGUCAACUACCGGGUGACGUACAAGCCAGCGUCGGGCGGGCGACAGCUGGCUGCCAAGGUGCCUGGUGGUACCACCAACACCAUCUUGAGACGCUUAACGCCCAUGACCACCUACGACAUCACGGUGCUGCCUGUGUACAAGCAGGGAGAAGGAAAAGCAAGGCAAGGAGUAGGAACCACACUGUCACCGUACAAAGCCCCUAGAAACCUGCAGACCUCCGAGCCUGCUAGGACCAGUUUCAGAGUGACCUGGGACCCCGCUCCAGGGGAAGUCAAGGGCUACAAAGUCACUUUCCACCCCAUUGGAAAUGAUAUAGACCUGGGAGAGCUGCUGGUAGGACCCUAUGACAACACUGUGGUUCUGGAGGAGCUCAGGGCUGGUACCAAGUACACAGUGAGUGUGUUUGGAAUGUUCGAGGGGGGAGAGAGCCAGCCAUUGGCUGGUGAGGAGAAGACCACUCUCUCUGACGCCCCUGAACCACCACUGUAUGAUGGAGAUGUGGUGUGUAAGACCAAAGCCCGGGCUGAUAUUGUCCUGCUGGUCGAUGGCUCCUGGAGUAUCGGCCGUCUGAACUUUAAGACCAUCCGCUCCUUCAUCUCUCGCAUGGUGGGAGUCUUCGACAUCAGCCCUGACAGGGUCCAGAUUGGUCUGGCCCAGUACAGUGGUGACCCCAAGACUGAGUGGCACCUGAACGCCCACAGGACCAGGGCUUCCCUGCUGGAAGCUGUAGCCAACCUGCCCUACAAAGGAGGCAACACCCUCACUGGUCUCGCUUUAAACUACAUCCUCCAGAACAAUUUCAAGGAAAAUGUUGGGAUGAGACCCAACGCUCGUAAGAUCGGAGUGCUGGUCACUGAUGGCAAGUCUCAGGAUGACAUCAUUGCCAACUCCCAGAACCUGCGUGACCAGGGCAUUGAGCUGUAUGCCAUUGGUGUGAAGAACGCUGAUGAGAAUGAGCUGAGGUCCAUCGCCACUGACCCGGAUGAGAUCCACAUGUACAACGUGGCUGACUUCUCCUUCCUGUUGGACAUAGUGGACGACCUGACCAACAACCUCUGUAACAGCGUAAAGGGACCAGGUGGUAGCCCCGAUGCACCCACUGACCUGGUGACCUCGGAGGUGACCCACUACUCGUUCCGUGCCAGCUGGACAGGCCCUGAAGGUCCGGUGGAGAAGUACCGUGUGGAGUACAUGACCUUGUCUGGACGCCCUCAGAAGAUGUUUGUUGAUGGCUCAGUGACCACAGCCAUGCUGCCCAACCUGAACCCUCUGACUGAGUAUCUGGUCAACGUCUACUCUGUCAUUGGAGAGGAGAGCAGUGAUCCACUGAAGGGGACUGAAACCACCUUGCCCCUUAGCGCGGUGAGGAAGAUGACCAUCUACGAGGAGCGUCCCACCACCAUGAGGGUGAAGUGGGAGGAGGCAGUGGGCGCCACUGGCUACAUGCUGCUCUACAGUGCCAUCAAUGCCACCGAGCCCUCUGUGGACAAAGAGAUAAGAGUUGGAGAGGACACGACUGAUGUCCAGCUGAUGCAGCUGAUCCCCAACACAGCUUACACUCUGUCCAUCUUCGCCCUACAUGGGGAGUCAGCCAGCGACCCCCUCACCAAGCAAGGAGUCACACUGCCCAUGCCCCCUGCUGGAGAGCUAAGGGUCAGAGACGUUACCCACAGCGCCCUGAAGAUGAACUGGGACGCAGCACCUGGAGCCGUCCUCAAAUACAUCAUCACCUACAAGCCUGACGAGGGAGAAGCCAAAGAGCUUGAAGUGGGCGGAGGCGUGACCGCCAAAGCCCUGGACAACCUCAUCUCUCAGACUGAGUAUGACCUUGCUGUUACACCCAUCUACGACGAGGGAGCUGGCAACCCCAUGCUCAACACAGCUAUCACAGAUGUUGUUCCUGCUCCCAAGAACCUGCGUUUCUCUGAGGUGACCCAGACCAGCUUCAGAGCUCACUGGGACUAUGGUGCCCCUGAUGUGGCCCUCUACCGUAUCGGCUGGACCAAGAAGGGAGAAACCAACUUCCAAUAUGCCAUCCUGAACAGUGAUGAGACCAGUAAUGUGUUGGAGAACCUAGAGCCAGACACUCUGUACGACGUGUCCGUCACCGCCAUCUACCCUGACGAGUCUGAGAGUGAAGACCUGCUUGGCAGCCAGAGAACAUUGUCCAAGGUCAUCAUCACGCCUGCCCCCACAGGCCCUCCCCAGAACCUGCAGGUGUUCAAUGCCACCACCACCACUCUGAACGUCAAGUGGGACCACGCCCCUGGUCGUGUCCAGAACUACAAGAUCACAUACGUCCCAAUCGCCGGAGGCAAGACCCAGUCGACGCAGAUCGGAGGGAAGAAGAACACGGUGCUUCUCCCCAAGCUGACCCCUGACACUCCCUACUCCAUCACCGUUGCAGCCAUCUACGGCAGUGGGGAGAGCAAGGACAUCUCUGGCAUCGGAAAGACAAAGCCUCUGGGAGGAGUGAGGAACCUCCAGGUCACUGACCCCACCACCAGCACCCUGAACGUCCAAUGGGAGGCUGCCGAGGGCAACGUCCGCCAGUACAAGAUCUACUAUGUACCUUCUGCUGGAGGAGCUGAGGAUGUGGCCCAGGUCUCUGGUACUACCACCAGCACUGUGCUGAAGAACCUGAUGUCUGACACCCUCUACACCGUCACUGUGGUCCCUGUCUACCCCCCUGGAGAGGGCAAACGCAUGUCUGAGAACGGCAAGACACUGGAGCGUAUUCCAGUGAGGAACAUCCAAGUCUUCGGCCCCACCACUAACACCCUGAACGUACGCUGGGAGCCCGCCUCUGGCGAGGUCGUGCAGUACAGGGUUGUCUACGCCCCCCUGAGCGGCACCAAGCCCUCCGAGUCGAUCCUGGUCUCUGGGACAUCCACCACCACCCUGCUAGAGCAGCUGGUCCCAGACACGUCCUACAACGUGGGAGUGGUCGCCAUCUAUACUGACGGAGAAGGACCGCCGGCCGAAGACGAGGGCAAAACGCUUCCCCGCAGUGGCCCAAGGAACAUGCGUGUGUAUGAUGCCACCACCAGCUCUCUGACCGUGGCAUGGGAACAUGCUGAAGGUCCAGUGCAGCAGUACAAGAUCACCUACGCCCCCACCACUGGAGACCCCAUUGAGGAGCACACUAUGGUUCCUGGGAACAGAAAUAAUGUCAUCCUGCCCAACCUGGAUCCAGACACUCCCUAUAAGAUCAACGUGCAGGCCAUCUACCUUGACGGACCAGGAGGAGAUCUGGAUGGAGACGGACACACAGUUGGCAUGCUGGGGCCUCAGAACCUGAGAGUGUCAGAUGAGUGGUACACUCGCUUCAGAGUGUCCUGGGACCCCGCCCCCUCCAGAGUGGUGGGCUACAAACUGGUCUACUCACCUGCAGGUACUGAUCAGACCAUGGAGACUUUCGUUGGAGAUGUGACCACCUACCAGCUGCCCAACCUGCAGCCAGGAACCACCUAUGACCUCAAGGUGUUAGCCCAGUAUGACGCUGGCCUUAGCGGACCUCUCAUUGGACAAGGAACCACACUGUACCUGAACAUCACUGACCUGACCACCUACAAUGUUGGUUAUGACACCUUCUGCAUGCGAUGGACCCCGCAUAGGGCUGCCACUUCCUAUAGACUCAAACUGAAUCCCUUCGACUCCUCUAACAAGGGAGCUCAGGAGACCACCAUUACUGGGUCUGAGAGCCACUACUGCUGGGACGGCCUGACUCCUGACGCCCUCUACAACGCCACAGUGUACACACAGACCCCGAACCUGGAGGGGCCCGGAGUCAGCGUCAAGGAGAGGACGCUGAUCAAGCCCACAGAGGCCCCAACUGAGCCCCCCACCCCUCCUCCACCUGCCACCAUCCCCCCUGCUUUGGACGUGUGCAGAGGAGCCAAGGCUGACCUGGUGUUCCUGAUUGAUGGCUCCUGGAGUAUCGGAGACGAGAGCUUCAGUAAAGUGAUCCAGUUUGUCUUCAGCAUGAUCGGCGCCUUCGACAUCAUCCACCCUGGCGGCAUGCAGGUGUCUUUUGUGCAAUACAGUGACAGUGCCAAGACAGAGUUCAAACUGAACACUUACCAAGACAAGGGAAGGACCUUGGCUGCGCUGCAGCUCGUCCGCUACAUGGGAGGAAACACCAAAACAGGUGUCGCUCUGAAGCACGUUGGCGAGAAGGUGUUCACCUCAGACAACGGCAUGAGGAAGCACGUGCCUAAGGUUCUGGUGGUCGUCACCGAUGGUCGCUCCCAAGACGAGGUCCAGAAGAGUGCCUCCAACCUGAUACACUCUGGUUACAGCGUGUUUGUGGUCGGUGUGGCCGAUGUGGACAUGACAGAGUUGAGGAACAUCGGCAGCAAGCCAAGCGAAAGACACGUCUUUGUUGUGGAUGACUUUGACGCGUUCGCCAAGAUCCAGGACAACCUCAUCACAUUCAUCUGUGAAACGGCCACAUCCACUUGUCCUUUGAUCUACAUCAACGGGUUUACGUCCCCUGGCUUCAGAAUGCUUGAGGGCUUCAACAUCACAGACAGGACCUUUGCUGCCAUGAAUGGCGUGUCCAUGGAAUCUGGCUCCUUCAACAGUUUUAUAACCUACAGGCUUCACAAGGACGCAUUCCUCUCUGCGCCCACAAAGGAGAUCCACCCAGAGGGUCUUCCUCCAUCCUACACCAUAAUCCUGCUCUUCCGUCUCCUCCCCGACACCCCCAACCAGGCAUUUGAUAUCUGGCAGAUUGCUGACAGCAACAACAACCCUGAGGUUGGGAUCACCGUCAACCCUUCCAGCAAAACAAUCACGUUCUACAACAAGGACACCAGAGGGGAGAUCCAGAGAGCCACGUUUAAUGAGGAUCAAGUGAAGAGAGUUUUCCACGGAAGCUUCCACAAGCUUCACAUCAGUGUUUCUCCCGAGAGGGUCAAACUGAACGUGGACUGCCAGGAGGUGGCAGAGAAACCCAUCAAGGAGGCCAACAACAUCUCCACAGACGGCUAUGAGGUGCUGGGAAAGAUGGCCAAGUCAGGAGGAUCAAAAAGGGAGUCGGCAACGUUCCAGCUCCAGAUGUUUGAUAUUGUGUGCAGCUUGAGCUGGACCAGCAGAGACAAAUGUUGUGACCUCCCGGCCACGAGAGAUGAGCUCAAGUGCCCAGCUCUUCCCCACGCGUGCACGUGUGCACAGGACAGUGUCGGCCCUCCGGGGCCACCCGGCCCCUCGGGUGGACCAGGUACUAAAGGACCCAGAGGAGAAAGAGGAGACUCAGGCCCAACUGGUUCAAUGGGCCCCCGUGGAGAACAAGGACUUCCAGGACAAUCCGGACCUCCAGGUCCACAAGGCCCUAACGGCUUGUCUCUGCCAGGAGAACCUGGACGCCCCGGACCAAAGGGAGAUCCCGGAGACUCAGGCCUGACUGGGCUGAAAGGUCCUGCUGGUGCUGCUGGUCCUAUGGGUUCUGUUGGACCAGGUGGAGUGAGGGGACCACCAGGGAAGGAAGGACCCUCGGGACCUAGAGGCCCAACGGGACCGAUGGGAAGCCCAGGAUCUCCAGGAAACACAGGAAACACAGGCAACCAAGGAAAACCAGGAGACACAGGAAACCCAGGAUUGGCUGGAAUAAAGGGAGAAAAGGGAGAGAGGGGAGACUUUGCAUCUCAAAAUCUGAUGCGCUCCAUUGCCAGACAAGUUUGCGAACAGCUUGUGAACAGUCAGAUGAGCAGAAUUGAUAAUAUGAUCAACCAGAUCCCCACUGGUUACCGUAGCAACAACCCGGGCCCUGCCGGCCCCGCUGGUCCUGCCGGCAACACGGGUCCCCCUGGAGAACCUGGACAGACUGGCCGAAACGGUUUCCCUGGAAACUCCGGCUUACCUGGAAACCAAGGAGAGAGAGGGACGCCAGGAGAGAAGGGCGAGAGAGGAUCCCCUGGAACAGGACAGAGAGGACAGAGAGGACUCAGUGGUCCGCCUGGGCCACCAGGUGAGGCUCGGACUGGCCCCACAGGUACUACGGGCUCUGCUGGGCCUCGUGGCCCUCCUGGUCGCCAGGGAACCCCAGGAGUGAGGGGACCACCCGGGCCCCCUGGCUACUGUGACUCCUCCCAGUGUGUUGGCAUCCCUUACAAUGGACAAGGCUACCCAGGUCGGUCCUAGUAAACUUUCUAAGCCGCCUUACACUUUGAAGUCCUGUUUCUGAGAUGUUAGCUCACUGGCUAAUGACCCCGUAAGGAUAACCAUCGUGGACAUAACGAAUGAACAACAUUAAAAACCCAAAAACGAGAAAGAAAGGAGUGGACUGGCACUAACACCACUUCACAGCUUCUAUCAGACAAGCUGCAGAGAUGGCAGCCCUACUGGCCUGUUUGCAUCUUGAGCAAAAACCCCAGCAAACCGAGAGAGAGAGAGAGAGAGAGAGCUUCUCUGCGCAGGAAGGAGCAUGUAAAAAAAACCACUCAAAAAAAAAAAAACUACUCAUAAAUUGGAUCUCAUAACAAAAGAACAACAGUGUUAACAUGGAGACGUGAUAUCUGUAAAUAAACUAAUUGUGCCUUGUAAAUUAUGUUUGAACCACACAAUCCACUAAAAUCAGUUGACAUCUGUAUUGAGCUCGUGCCUUAUAACCCCGCUUCCUACUGACUUACUUCCAGCAUAACCCUCUGUUUUAUUAUGAUGCCUGAGUGAUUUACACAGCUUGUACUCCCAUCCAAACUGAAGCAUGUGCCAUUUGUACAUUUAAUAAUGAUGUUCUUUGUAUGUUUGCCUAAUCUAUGAUAAAUGUGAUUUUCUUGCCAUUUUCUUCAAUUAAAACAAAAAACAUAUAUAUAUACAUCAUAUUAGUUCCUUUGCUGUAGAACAUGUGUUUUCUAAUACCUCAGUGGGUUUUAGGACUAGCAAAGGGAUAUAGGCAAGAGCUAGACACUAAUGGCAGUGUCGUCUUAGUGUUUUGAUGCAAAUUCCAUCCCAGCUUUAUUACUCUUUAUUUGGGGUAUGUGUUCAAUAUGGCUGAUAGUUGUCAAUAACAUUAAGUGCUAGAGUGCAUGGAAUCACUAACAUUCUUAGAAACAGAGAAUUUAACAGAUAAAUAACAGUUCUUAGGUCCAGUUCUUCGGUCCAUAUUUAGGAGAUAGUCCAAAUGUUUAGGUUGUACAUUGUGCAUAGCCAGUCUCAGACUGCCAACUAAAGUCCUGUUUGAUUGGCCAAACAAAUAUUUCUAGCCAACGGCUACGAGCUCGAUCCUGAAACCUACAUAGUCCCUAUACUCGAGGAAGAAUCGGAAGACGGAUCUGAGGCUAUGCAGUCGCCUGGUUACUCACGAACCCAGAGAGGAAAGAGGUCACUAUCAAGAGAUGAUGCAGAGAGGAUAUCACAAUAAACAAAAACAAAACAAAGAAUUCUUAUCUUGAAUUGAUCUACGUUUUUACAUGAGCGAGUAUCAGUGUACUCAGAUAAUAAAAUCUAUGGGUUUGAUACCCCUAGCUUUAUUGUGCAUAUCUUUACGCAUAAACAAGCUAAGUUUAGGAAGAUUAAGUGAAAAAUAUAAAGAAUCUAGACAUUAUUUCAUUACAAAUCUGUGUGCUUGCUAACUGUUCCCUUAAGUGUCUCUGCUUGUAAUAUAACUGCAUUAAGUGUUUAUUAGAGUCCAAUGUUUAAUGCAAUAAUCAUGUCAAAGUCGGCAAAUACAUUGGGGGAAGUAUACACUGGCAAGAAAAAGUAUGUGAACCCUUUGGAAUUAACUGGAUUUCUGCAUAAAUUGGUCAUCAAAUGUGAUCUGAUCUUCAUCUAAGUCACAACAAUAGACAAACACAGUCGACUUAAACUAGGAACACACAAACAACUAUACGUUUUCAUGUCUUUAUUGAACACACCAUAUAAACAUUCAUGGUGCAGGGUGGAAAAGGAUGUGAACCCUUGGAUUUAAUAACUGGUUGACCCUCCUUUGGCAGCAAUAAGUUUUCUGUAGUUGCGGAUCAGACCUGCACAAUGGUCAGGAGGAAUUUUGGACCAUUCCUCUUUACAAAACUGUUUCAGAUCAGCAAUAUUCUUGGGAUGUCUGGUGUGAACUGUUCUUUUGAGGUCAUGCCACAGCAUCUCAAUUGGGUUGAGGUCAGCCACUCUAGAAGGCAUAUUUUCUUCUGUUGUUGCCCUUCUGAUGUUGAUUUACUUCUGUGUUUUGGGUCAUUGUCCUGUUGCAUCACCCAACUUCUGUUGAGGUUCAAUUGGUGAACAUUCUCCUGAAAAAUGUCUUGAUAAACCUGGGAAUUCAUUUUUCUGUUGAUGAUAGCAAGCUGUCCCAAACUAUGACACUCCCUCCACCAUACUUUACAGUUGGGAUGAGGUUUUGAUGCUGGUGUGCUGUGCCUUUUUUCUCCACACAUAGUGUUUGUGUUCCUUCCAAACAACUCAACUUUAGUUUCAUCUGUCCACAGAAUAUUUUACCAGUAGCGCUGUGGAACAUCCAGAUGCUCUUUUGAGAACUUCAGACGUGCAGCAAUGGUUUUUUUGGACAGCAGUGGCUUCUUCCGUAGUGUCCUCCCAUGAACACCAUUCUUGUUUAGUGUUAACGUAUGGUAUACUCGUCAACAGAGAUGUUAGCAUGUUCCAGGGAUUUCUUUAAGUCUAGCUGACUCUCUAAGAUUAUUCUUAACCUCAUUGAGCAUUCUGCGCUGUGCUCUAGCAGUCAUCUUUGCAGGACAGCCACUCCUAGGGAGAGUAGUAACAGUGCUGAACUUUCUCCAUUUAUAGACAAUUUGUCUUACCGUGGACUGAUGGACAUCAAUGCUUUUAGAGAUACUUGUGUAACCCUUUCCAGCUUUAUGCAAGUCUACAAUUCUUAAUCUUGGGUCUUCUGAGAUCUCUUUUGUACGAGGCAUGGUUCACAUCAGGCAAUGCUUUUUGUGAACAGCAAACCAAAAUUCUGUGAGUGUUUUUUUUAGGGCAGGGCAGCUCUAACCAACAUCUCCAAUCUUGUCUUGAUGAUUGUACUCCAGGUUAGCUGACUCCUGGCUCCCAUUAGCUUUUGGAAGUGGUUAGCCUAGGGGUUCACAUACAUUUUCCAACCUACACUAUGAGCGUUUAAAUUAUGUAUUCAAUAUAGACAAGAAAAACACAAUAAUUUGUCUGUUAUUAGCAGACUGUUUGUUUAAGCAGACUGUUUGUCUGUUGCUGGGACUUAGAUGAAGAUCAGAUCAAUUUAUCAGACCAAUUUAUGCAGAAAUCCGGAUAAUUCCAAAGGGUUCACAUACUUUUUCUUGCCACAGUAUGUAUGUUUCUGUACUCAUCCACAUUACCCCUGUCCCUCACAAUUCAUUGUACAUUUCACAAUGUCAAGCAGUCUGUUCUAUUGAAAUCAUAUAGUUUGCCUCCCUCCUCAUCAGAAAGAGGGUUACUGGUUCCAGCUCCAUUAAGGUUCUCAACGAAUGUUAAAUCCGGCUUUCAAUUAGUUACUUUAGACCGAAUGUGUGUCUGUUUUUAUAAUACCAACUCACAGCUGAUUUUUUUACCGAAGGUGGAAUUGCAUGUCUGUGUUGUAUAUUUAGUAAAGAAAAAAAAAGAAAAAAAAGAUAUAGUUGUUUUGUAUCAGUACCAAAUGCAGUUGGAAUUUGUUUGCAAGACUAUGGACAUAGAAUUGCUUUUCUCAUGUUUUAACUGCACAUUGUGAACUCCACAGCCUUAUUUUCUUAUUUAUUUCUGAAACAGAAGAGGCAUUUUUCAAUAAAACUACUGAAAAUGUA